GUUGUGUAUUAUAAUACUGUAGUUAUUAUAUGUAUUGUUGUUAUCAUAUUUGGUGAUCAUUUGUAUGUAAUUUUAUGACCAAAUCUUUGUUGUGAUUCAAACAUACGAUUAAUUGAUGGGUUGGUGGGAUUGGGAGAUCCCCGAUAAGUGGACAUAUAAGCCUAUAUGGCUGCCGCCGUACUACUGGCCGGCCGGUAUAACACCGAAUCUUCACUCGCAAUACACCAAACGUGAGAUCAAACAAGAGUUAGGAGAGAUACCGCCGCCGCCCAAGAAGUACUACUUCUUCGACACUCCAGACUAUGCCGACUGCCAUAAGAAGAUAUAUCAAUACACAUACUUUGGUUUUAAGUUAGGUAGUGCUGUGGCUUUGAUCGAUAUUGUCGGUGGAAGACAAUUGUCUUAUUUAACAGCAAUGGGUCGCAUAGCCGGACACUUGGGUCGCUUCGGUGGAUCAUUGGGCAUAUAUGCGGCCACAGUGUGUUGUGUGGCUAACCUGAGGGGCAAAAAACACGAUUGCUAUGACGUUCCGAUGAACCAUAUGUUAGGCGGGGCUUCGAUCGGACUUAUUUGGGGAUAUAAAACUCACAGUGUGGCUUAUGGUUGUAUCGUUGGAGCUGCCGGUGCUUUAGCCGGAGUAUUAAAUCUUAGGGCAAACUAUCCGACUCCUAAUUACCCGAACGGAUGGCUAAUAUUUCCAGACGAAUCUCUUCUCGACGAAAGAGAAGAAAAUGCAACACUCGGUGGCCGUAAUUUCCGCGACCAACGACUCAGUUGGAAACUUCAUGAUCCCGGCCGUAGAGGACUCGAGUGAAACACCCAAUCGGUACUACAUAUUAGGCUUUUGUGUUAAUUAUUAUCUAUUAUUAUUAUUAUUGCUUAUAUUAGUUAACAAAAUUAAGAUUAUAUUUACUGUAAUUAGAUUUUAAUUGAUAG